GCAACCAACCUUCCACACGGUAUAUACAGAAGAAUCUUGAAAAAAUAAAAAAAAACAUGUUCAAAAGCACUUUAGCACUGAUCUGAUAAGUAUAAGUACUCAGAUUGCUAGCUGUAUUCAGUGCAGAGCAUAGUCUUCCUUUCAAAUCGGGACUGAAGUGGGUAGUUAUCCUAAGACAGUUGUAAAAGUCUGUCACAGUAUUGAAGCUCUCUAGCUUAUAAGAAAGGUUGAUACAAAAUCUACUCUACAGUUUUCCCCAAAAGUCCCAGAAAUUGAUUCUGCGAUAUGGGUUUGAAAGAGGCUGUGGUUUUUGGGAAAGUGGUGAGCAAGAGCAGAUGGUUUGUUCUGUAUGUGUCGUUUCUGAUAAUCUCAUUCUCUGGAGCAACAUACAUAUUUGGGCUCUACUCUCCUGCAAUCAAAUCGGCUUUGGAAUAUGAUCAGAAGACACUAAACACACUUGGGUUUUUCAAGGAUCUGGGAGCCAAUCUUGGCAUCAUUUCAGGUCUUUUGAAUGAGGUGACACCUGCCUGGUUUGUGCUGGCUGUAGGAGGAGUGAUGAACCUAACGGGCUUUCUUCUAGUGUGGCUCUCUGUCACUGGCCGCAUGGCAAAGCCUGCGAAAUGGCAGAUGUUCACUUACAUAGCCAUUGGGUCCAAUUCUCAGACCUUUACCAACACAGGGGCUCUGGUCACUUGUGUGAAGAAUUUCCCCCAAAGCAGAGGGAUUGUUCUGGGUAUCCUCAAAGGAUUUGCAGGGCUCAGUGGUGCCAUUUUCACUCAGAUAUAUCAUGCCCUCUAUGGGAAUGACCCCACUUCUCUCAUCCUGCUCAUUGGCUGGCUGCCUUGUCUGGUCUGCCUCUCUUUGAUGUUUAUAGUCCGUCCCAUGAAUCCUACUCCAGAGUUCAAAGAGCUCAAUAGAUUUUAUUACUUUCUCUUCAUUGCCCUGGCUCUGGCUGGGUUUCUCAUGGUUGUCAUCAUUAUACAAAACCAUAUCAACUUCCCUCCAGUGGGGUUUAAGCUUGUAGCCGCAUCUGUUGUGGUUUUCUUGGUGCUUCCACUGGGCGUGGUUGCCAAGGCAGAGUGGGAUAAAGUUCAGGCAGGGUUAAAGCCGCCUGCCAUUGAGCUUAUCGAGGCAGGGCAGGCUAAUGAUAAGGAGGACAUUUGCACUGGCAGUUCACCUGGGGAUUCGGGUCAUAACAGAAUUGACACGGGUCUUAAAGGAAUUGACCCAGGUGCUAAUGGGUCUGCUGACCAGUCAUCAUUGAAGGCAGAGGAGGGUAAAUUGGGGGCAGAGAGAGAGCUGUCUGAGGCUGAACAGGGUGAAAAUCAUCAAAUACAGGACACCGCUAGCUCAACUCCCCAGGUAAACUUUCCUCGGAUUGAGAAGAAUGUACCAGCUGUUUACAAUCAACCAUCAAAGCUUGAGGUGUGCACUGAUAAACCAAAGGCCCAGGCCUUCUCUCACAAGAGGGUGAUCCAAAAUCUCAAAGAAUUCUGGUGCGUGAGACCCAAGAGAGGAGACGAUUUCACAAUACCACAGGCCAUGGUGAGCUUGGAUAUGUGGAUUCUGUUCAUUGCAUCCACCUGUGGUAUAGGGGCAGCCCUGACGGCAGUAGACAAUAUGGGUCAGAUUGGUCAUGCUUUGGGCUUCUCACUAGUAGAUGUCAGCACAUUUGUUUCACUCAUCAGCAUAUGGAACUUCUUGGGCAGGGUGACCUCGGGCUUUUGCUCUGAACUCUUGCUCCAGAAGUUCAGUCUGCCCCGCCCUGUCAUUUUAACCUUUGUUCUGUCUCUUGCCUGCAUUGGACAUCUCUUCAUUGCAUUUGCUCUGCCAGGGUCUCUCUAUGUGGCUUCUGUUGUUCUGGGCUUCAGUUUUGGGGCCCAGUGGCCUGUGAUUUUCGCCAUGAUUUCUGAGCUUUUUGGGCUCAAGUAUUAUUCUACGCUCUACAACUUAGUAGGCUCUGCUAGCCCUCUUGGUACUUACCUUUUGUCUGUGAGAGUUGCUGGAUACUUGUAUGAUGUGGAAGCAAUCAAACAAAAUAAGAUAGCGGAGGGAAGUAGUGCCCAAGCUCCUGCCCCUCAUGGGAAUGAUCUCCUCUGCACAGGAGUGAGCUGCUUUCGUUUAACAUUCAUCAUAAUGACAUUGGUCUCUCUGUCUGGGGCUCUUAUUUCUGGGUUUCUUGUGGUCAGAACCAGGGAUUUUUACAAAGGGGAUCUCUACGCCAAAUACCAGGCCCCUCAGCAGAAAGACAAGUCUCAAUCAGAAUCUCAUUCUAAAGAGACCUCUGCAUAAAGCUAAGGAUUAUAUGCUUUUGAAAGCCCGGGGUCUCUGUUUCUGUAAGGCUCUAGCCUUACAGAUUCACCUCUAGAUGUAAGGUACAGAGUAGUGAGUUCUUAUCUGUUUUAUUUUGAUUGUAAUAAUAAACCAUGUAUGAUGCGUUGCAAUUUUUA